AUGGAAAAGCUCUUUGACGUUCUCAUCGUCGGCGGCGGCCCGGCAGGCCUGUCCACCGCACUAGGUCUCGCCCGCCAACUUCACACGGCCGUGAUAUUCGACUCCAACAAGUACCGUAACGAUGCCGCAAGCCGGAUGCACAAUGUGACCACGUGGGACCAUCAAUCUCCCGCUGACUUCCGCGCCGUGGCCAGGAGAGAAUUGCUGAACCGCUAUAACACCAUCCAGAUCCAGAACACCGACAUCAAAGAGGUCCGUCAGACCGGUAACGGCACCUUUGAGGCGAUCGAUGCCGCUGGCCAGGUCUGGGAGGGACGUAAAUUGGUCCUCGCCGUCGGCGUCCGGGAUAUACCUCCUGAUAUUGAGGGGUAUGCCGCGGCUUGGGGUCAGGGAAUAUAUCACUGUCUUUUCUGCCAUGGCUGGGAAGAACGUGGGCAGGAAUCGGUCGGCGUGCUCGCCAUUGGCGACUGCGCUGACAUGGGCCCGGCCAUGCACCUUGCUCGGAUGGCACGACGACUGUCGGAGAAGGUCACAGUGUAUACGGAUGGCGCCGUAGAACUGUCUCAGACCCUUAACGAGCCCUUGAAGCGCGAGGGGUUUGAGCUCGUCACAACACCGAUUGCCAGGAUCAAUAUUGAAUCGGGGCACGAGGGUGUCACAGUUGACCUGCACGACGGAAGUACUCGCAAGGAGGCUUUCUUGGUCCACAAGCCCAUAUCAGAGGUGAACGGUCCCUUUGCUCAGCAGCUCUCUCUCCAGCUCACGCAGGGCGGCGAUAUCUCGGUCAAGCCUCCUUUCUACGAGACGACCAGCGUGCCAGGAGUCUUUGCUGUAGGGGACUGUGGAUCUGUAGGGAAGGCUGUUGCGCAGGCCACGUCCACCGGCUUGUGGUGUGCGUCAGGUUUGGUGGCUCAACUGCAGUCGCCUGUCGCAAAAGCAUGA